AUGCAUAGGGAGAGAGAGGGGAAACCAGGGUUCUGAACAGGAAUAGAUCAAGAGGUUAUAAUACAGGAGCAGGGGGCCUGCACAGAGUGCUAAUACAGGAGCAGGGGGUCUGCACAUAGUGCUAAUACAGGAGCAGGGGGUGCAGAGAGUGCUAAUACAGGAGCAGGGGGUGCAGAGAGUGCUAAUACAGGAGCAGGGGGUGCAGAGCGUGCUAAUACAGGAGCAGGGGGUGCAGAGAGUGCUAAUACAGGAGCAGGGGGUCUGCCUGGAUCUCUUCCACUCUUUGUCCCGGUUACCCCUCCUGAAAAUGCUCUUCUGGCAUUCACAGCCUGAAAACUACAACCAUCAUCAAGCAGGCGGGUUCCUCCGUGACGUCCUUGCGCUGCCGCUGUUUAAACAGGAGGAGAAUCCUCUCUCCACUGAGAACAAUGCCAAAUUGCCUCCAUUCCAGUACGUUCUGUGUGCUGCGACAUCGCCUGCUGUCAAACUGCAUGAGGAGACGCUGACUUAUCUCAACCAAGGACAAUCUUACGAAAUCCGUCUACUAGACAACAGGAAAUUGGGAGAGUUUCCAGACUUGAACUCCAAGUUUGUUAAGAGCAUUAUCAGAGUGGUUUUUCAUGACCGGCGUUUACAGUACACAGAACAUCAGCAGCUGGAAGGCUGGCGAUGGAGCAGACCAGGCGACCGCAUUCUCGAUAUUGACAUCCCAUUGUCUGUUGGUAUUCUGGACCCCAAAUCAAGCACCACUCGGCUGAAUACUGUGGAAUUCCUGUGGGACCCUGCGAAAAGAUCCUCCGCGUUUAUUCAGGUGCACUGCAUCAGCACAGAGUUCACCCCCAGAAAACAUGGCGGCGAGAAGGGUGUCCCAUUUCGGAUUCAGUUUGACACGUUUAAACAGAAUGAAAAUGGUGAAUACACAGAACACCUACACUCAGCAAGCUGUCAGAUUAAAGUCUUCAAGCCCAAGGGGGCAGACAGGAAACAGAAGACAGACCGAGAAAAGAUGGAGAAAAGAACUCCUCAAGAGAAGGAAAAAUAUCAGCCAUCAUACGAUACCACCAUCUUAACUGAGUGCUCUCCUUGGCCAGAUUUGCCAUAUCCACCAAACAACUCCUCCUCCCCGGGGUACAGCAGCUCCCCAAACAGUUUCAGCAUCGGAGAUGGGAACUGCUCUCCAACUCCUCCCAUAGAGCCUCCUCUGCGAAAUAAUAAAAUUGCCAGUGAAUUCCAAAAUGAAACUUGGAAUCAGGAAGAUAAAGGAAAGCUGAUACAAUAUCUUGUGCCUUCUGCUACCAUCCAAGAUGUCCAGCAGUGGUUGCAACGCAACCGAUUUCCUCAAUAUUGCAGAAUGUUCUCAAGUUUUUCUGGUGCCGAUUUGUUAAAGAUGUCUAAAGAAGAUUUUGUCCAAGUGUGUGGACCUGCAGAUGGAAUCCGACUCUUUAAUGCCAUGAAGGCAAGGAAUGUGAGACCACGGCUCACCAUUUAUGUCUGCCAGGAACCUGAACAGAAUAGAGGUCAUCUGCACCACAAACAGGAGCUUGGUGACACCACUAUGUGUGUGUACCACGCCAUAUUUCUGGAAGAACUGACUGCCUUGGAGUUAAUUGAAAAGAUUGCCAGUCUAUACUCCAUCUCACCCCAGCAAAUCCAUCAGGUUUAUAGACAAGGGCCGACUGGGAUCCACGUGGUGGUGAGCUCAGAGAUGGUCCAGAAUUUCCCGGAUGAAUCCUGUUUUCUGAUUAACACACUCAAAGCUGAAGGAAACGGAGGAUAUCACAUCAUUUUAAAGUGAAAAUCUUAACUCCAUAUGGCGUCAAAAACAUCUUUUUUCUGAACAGUGCACACUGCAAGCCGGUAUUACUGGCCACAGAACAAACAAACAUCCAGUUUCAAUGUCCCCCUUUCCAUCUAGAAGCAGAGAACAGAAAUCUGGUUUUGUGUGCCUAUCUAAAGAAGGGAGGUUGCGUUUGAGUGUAUCAGACACAGCAUGUGCUAAA